AUGAAGUUGAAUAUCCCACCAUCCAUUGUUAAUUUACCCAAUCUUUCAUGGUUGGAUCUAAGUGAUAAAAAGCUUAAGGGACCCAAUCCCGUGUCUAAUGAAACAGCCCCUGGUCUGGUCUUGACAGGUGGUUUUGAUGGUAACUCCAUGAAGUCAUUACUAGAUGCGGAUAAAGUUAAUGCUUCACAUGUAUCACCAUGUGACAUUGUUGCUGUCAUUCGUCCUACUACUUACAAGUCUGGGAUUGCGCGUGAAGAAUUAGAUAAAAAAUAUGUGAUGAAAGACAACUUUGAGAUGUCAUUAUCAGUUACAUUUUCUGAAAAUGGAAAUGAAACCAAUAUCUAUUUAGGACGUGUAACACCUUCAUCACGAAAGGACCUACAUGCAUUUACAUAUUUCUAUCAUAAGAGAGAUUCAAGAUGUGAGAUACAUGUGGUGAAGGUCAAAAUUGAAGCGUCGUGUAAGGUCCACAAAUGGGCACAUUCCAAGAAGCUUCCUGAUUAUAAUGUUACGUAUUUACCAUUUCAACUGAUGAGUUUUGACUUCAAGGGUGUUGAUAUUCUCAUAGAUGACAAGGCUGCUGGACAUUCUAGAAAUGGUAUUCUGUUCAAAGAUAGUACAAUCAUAGAUGAAGAUAUCGAUAGAAUCAUUGCUAAGGGAGAAGAGGCAACUGCAGAACUUGAUGCCAAGGGGUCGGAUUAA